AUAAAAUAAUAGGAUUGGUGGCUGUUGUCAAAUUGGCUUGUCAUCUUCGUCCGGCAAAGCUAUUUUUGAGUUACAAUAAAUUGCAACAAAACUAGUUUAUAACGAGUAUAUUCAUCAAAUUGUACGUAAAAUAAAACAAAAUCGUUGAAAAUGGCUCGGCGUUAUGAUACACGUACGACUAUAUUUUCGCCGGAAGGUCGGCUUUACCAAGUGGAGUACGCGAUGGAAGCCAUCAGUCAUGCUGGUACAUCGCUGGGCAUCUUGGCCACUGACGGCAUUCUCCUCGCCGCCGAGCGUAGGAACACUAACAAACUUCUAGAUGAGGUGUUUUUCUCUGAAAAGAUCUACAAACUGAAUGAUGACAUGGUCUGUUCUGUGGCCGGUAUCACGUCUGACGCGAACGUGCUGACUAAUGAACUGAGACUAAUUGCUCAAAGAUAUUUGCUGCAGUAUGGUGAAUCUAUUCCUUGUGAGCAGCUGGUUUCGUGGCUCUGUGAUGUUAAGCAAGCAUACACACAAUAUGGAGGUAAGCGGCCAUUUGGUGUAUCAAUCCUGUACAUGGGCUGGGAUAAGCACUACGGCUACCAGCUGUACCAGUCUGACCCCAGCGGCAACUACGGUGGCUGGAAAGCCACUUGCAUUGGAAAUAAUAGUGCUGCUGCUGUGUCGAGUUUGAAACAGGAAUACAAGGAGAAUGAGACCACCCUAGCAGAAGCUCAAGCUCUGGCCAUCAAAGUCCUCAGUAAGACUUUAGACAUGACUAAGCUUACUCCUGAAAAAGUUGAGAUGGCGACACUGACUCGUAAGGACAACAAGACUAUCAUCCGAGUGUUAUCCAGCGCGGAGGUGGAGGCGCUGAUCGCUGACUUUGAGAAGACAGAAGCUGCUGCCGAGGCCGCCAAGAAACAGCCUCCUAAGUCGUAAACCUAGCCUUUUAUACGAUAAGACUAUUCUUUUAUUUGCACAUUAAAUGUUUUACAUGGUAAUGGA